AAGACUCUUCCAUCUCUUCCUUGCAAUCAACGAGACCUGAAUUAUACUUCCGUGAAUGGUGCUUUUGCUUUCUUGAAACUGGAGAAUGCCAUAUUUGCUUCAAAUUAUGCUCAAGGAAUUGGUUUGUGCCUAGUUCGUGAUCUUUUGAGUUGAACAAUUUAUACCACAAUGGGCCGAAGGUUUGUAAGAUGUAUUCUCUGAAAACUUUGCUUUUGCUACUGCUGGUUAAUUAUUGUAAGUUUGCUUGUGGUACCAAAAGUGAAGUUGCAUUCUACUCUAUCAGCUUAGUUAAUUUUCCAGUUUUUUUGCAGUGGCGUUUUCAAAAGAUCAAAUGAUAGUGCUAGGCUUAUUAUUACGACUGUCAUGGGAAUGGUGUUUGGAUAUUUUGUUGGUGUUUCAUUUCCUUCUGUUUCUCUUUCUAAGAUAAACUUACCAUCAAGCUUUAUGUCAUCUCUUGAUUCAGCCUUCAACGAAGAUCAUAAUAAAAAUCUAGAACGUAGUUUUCCUGAAAAUCUUGGUUCUGGCAGUACCCCUACAACACCUAAGAUUUAUGUUCCGACAAAUCCUCGUGGUGCAGAGUCGUUACCACCAGGAAUUGUAGUCUCAGAGACUGAUUUUUAUUUGCGAAGAUUGUGGGGUGAACCAAGUGAGGAUCUGAAAAGGAAGCCAAAGUACUUGGUAACUUUCACUGUUGGUUUGAAUCAGAAGAAUAAUAUCGAUGCAGCAGUAAAAAAGUUUUCAGAGGAUUUCCAAAUCUUGCUUUUUCAUUAUGAUGGCCAGACAAAUGAAUGGGAUCAAUUUGAGUGGUCAAAACGUGCCGUUCAUGUCAGCAUAAGGAAACAAACAAAAUGGUGGUAUGCAAAGAGGUUUCUGCAUCCUGAUGUUAUAGCAGCUUAUGAUUACAUUUUCAUUUGGGAUGAAGAUCUUGGAGUUGAACACUUCAACGCUGAGAAGUAUAUUCAACUAGUUAAGAAACAUGGUUUGGAGAUUUCUCAACCAGGGCUUGAACCCAAUAAUGGACUAACAUGGCAGAUGACUAAGAGGAGAGGGGACAGAGAAGUUCACAAGGAUACAGAAGAGAAACCAGGCUGGUGCAGUGAUCCACAUUUGCCUCCAUGUGCUGCAUUUGUAGAAAUUAUGGCCCCCGUAUUUUCUCGAGAAGCUUGGCGGUGUGUGUGGCAUAUGAUUCAGAAUGAUUUGGUGCAUGGAUGGGGUCUGGAUUUUGCACUCAGGAGAUGUGUAGAGCCUGCACAUGAGAAAAUUGGUGUGGUUGAUUCACAAUGGGUUGUUCAUCAAGUAAUUCCUUCUCUUGGGAGUCAGGGUCAGUCUGAGGAUGGUAAAGCUCCAUGGCAGGGGGUGAGAGAGCGAUGCAGAAAUGAAUGGGCUAAAUUUCAGGAUCGCCUUGCAAAUGCAGAUAAAGCAUAUUUUGCACAAAGAGGAAAAGGUUAAUUUUGAGAUACUCCCAGCCCCAUCUUGUAUAUUGCUUUGUUGUUUUCUUUGUUUUCGUCUUGAGGGGUGUUAAGAGGCCGAUUCUUUUGUUUUAUGUUUAAUUUUUCCAGUAGAGGUGGUGGUAUCCAGAUAUUGUGUAGUUACAGACAACCUGAUAAAGGAAGGAAAUUUUACCUUAUUGUGCAUAAAUACAUAAAGUCUAG